AGCCUAAUAAGGCCAUAUCAUUAGAAUAGAUGCAUAAAUUUAAUCGAAAAAACUUAAUUUAAUAAGUGUUUUGUUAAUAAUUUAUCUCAAAACCCAACCUUAAGCAAACCGCCCCCUCUCUUUAUCAACGGCAGCAGCUGUGUGUUCUUUCAUUUCUAGCAUAGCAGUUCCACAGUAAGUCUUUUUUAUCACUACAAUUAAUUUGAUCCAAACACUGCAUUGUUUCAGCUGAUUUUCAAGUGGGAAUCCUUCUUGCUUGGUGCAAUGUCAAGAUUUUGAUUUGUUGUAAAUGUUUUUGGGAGUUCUUUCUUGGAAAGAUUGAAUCUUGGGCGAAACCCAUUGUGUAUCUUCGUUUUAGUGUUUGUAGUUUGGUUGUUUGGUUAUUUGUAGGUGAUUGGAUUUGCUGUGAGGUACAAGGUUUGGUUUUGAUAACUUUUAUGGGGGUGAAUACAGAUUGGUAUAAAGCCAAUUUUGAAUUUGAUUUAUUUCUUGAAAUUUCUACCUUGUUUUCUUGAUUUAUGGUAAUUCAAGAACCCUUAUUUUGGCCAACCAUUUUGCAAUACAAAGGGGCCCUUGAAAGUAAAAGGUAGCUCUUUUGUCGGUGGAGAUUUGAGAAUCUUGAAGCUGUUUGCCCUUUCUGUGUAACUAUUUAAGAGAAAAGUUGUAGUUUUUCAUUUCCCUUCUCAAUUCAAAAAGAUUAUAACAAGAAUUGAGUAUGAGGAAGAAUGCCAAUCCUCAUUCAGGAAGGAUGUUUAGUGAUAGAAGAUGGAAAAGACCAUUCUUUGUUAAUCUGCUUGUGUCGAUAACUCUAUUCACCGGCACCAUUUUCGGGCUAUAUCUGUCUCAAUACGCCCGGGAGGAUCAAUUGCAACUCGACACUGAGUUGUUCGAGGAUGCUGGGGAUUCUGAGGGGUAUUUCAUAGAAUCUGAGCUGAGGAAGUCUUUAGAACUGGUGGAGGUUGAUGAAGUCGAACCACCAAGGCUCGCGUAUCUGAUUUCUGGAACGAAGGGCGAUAGCCAGAGGAUGCUGAGGACGUUGCAGGCCGUGUAUCAUCCCAGGAAUCAGUAUAUUCUCCACAUGGAUCUCGAGGCUCCGCCACGAGAGAGGUUGAAUUUGACUAUGUCGGUGAAGAAUGACCCGACGUUUAGUGCUGUGGAGAAUGUGCGUGUGAUGGCUCAGUCGAAUUUGGUGACGUAUAAAGGCCCUACCAUGAUUGCUUGCACUCUCCAAGCUAUAGCCAUUCUGCUGAAGGAGAGCUUGAAUUGGGAUUGGUUUAUUAAUCUGAGUGCUUCUGAUUAUCCUCUUAUGCCUCUAGAUGAUAUACUUUAUGUUUUCUCAAACCUGUCUAGAAAGCUCAACUUCAUCGAGCACACACAGAUCUACGGCUGGAAGCUUAACCAGAGAGCGAAGCCUAUCAUAAUCGAUCCGGGUCUGUACUUGUCUAAAAAAUCCGAUAUCUCCUGGACUACUCAGCGCCGCUCCCUCCCUACAUCUUUUAAGUUGUUUACCGGGUCGGCUUGGGUGGUUCUAACACACUCGUUCGUGGAGUACUGCAUAUGGGGGUGGGACAACCUUCCCCGGGCGAUCCUCAUGUACUACACGAACUUCGUUUCAUCUCCCGAGGGCUAUUUCCACACGGUUCUCUGCAACACCGAGGAGUUUCAGGGCACCGCCGUAAGCCACGACCUCCACUACAUCGCUUGGGACACGCCUCCGAAGCAGCAUCCGAGGUCCUUGACGAUGCGGGACUUCAACAAGAUGAUUAACAGCAGCUCGCCUUUCGCCAGAAAGUUCCACAAGGACGAUCCGGUUCUGGACAAGAUCGACCGCGAGUUGCUGAUGCGGACGGACCGUUUCACUCCCGGGGCGUGGUGUGUAGGGAGCUCGGAAGGCGGGGCCGAUCCUUGCGCGAUACGAGGGGAUGAUUCGGUGUUCAGGCCUGGCCCUGGCGCUGAGAGGCUGCUAGGGCUCAUCAAGACAUUGUUGUCUGAUGAAUUUCGUAGUAGUAAUCAGUGUUUGAAGCAGUGAUGAGAGAGAGAGAGAGAGAGAUGAGAAGCUGUUUGCAAUUUUUCUAAGCAAGUAGUGAUCUUGUUCUCUCCCUAACAGAUGAAGAUAAAAGAUGUACACUGAUAAAUUUUUUUAAGUAUUACAAAACGCUCAAGCCUAAGAGAUGGCGGGCUAACAUUAUAGAA